CGUCGUCGGGUUGCUAUGGUGACCAGAGUCGCUAGCCAGGCUAAAGCUAAACAUCUGAACCUGAUCCAGAAGAUGGAGAGACUGGACUCGACCCACCUGAGGGAGCAGCAGGGGGGGCAAAGUACGAGCUUCACAACAUUACCAGCUGACAAUGGACCGACCAAUCAGGAAGUAGAACACACAGAGACACACAAACAGCAGGCGGCGCUGUGUCUCCUCCUCAGUAAAAUGUCCGUCCUCAAGGAACUGAGAGAAGAAGCUGAAGAGACAAGAAGACGAAUGGACGGACACGCAGACACACAACAGGCCCAUGUGACCAGUCAGCUGUUGCACAGGAUGAGCAGGAAGCAGGAUGAUCUGGAGGGUCGCCUCGACGACCUGCUGUCCCGCAUCGCCACGGAGACGCAGGAGAUCACAGAGCUGGAGCAGCAGCUGACUGACGGUCAGAUCCUGGUGAAUGAAGCUCUUCAGAAGGACCUGGAGGAGGUGAUCACUGGGCUCCAGGAGUAUCUCCAAGGCCUAAGGCAGCAGGUCUAUAGCUCCCAGCAGCAGGUCGUCAUCCUGAAGGCUGAGAACCAGAGUCUGCAGCUCCACCUGGAGGACGCUCAGAGACACUGCAGACACCUGGAGGACGACGCCAGGACACAGGUGAGACAGGAGGAGCUGUCUCUCUCUCGUUUGGAGGCUCAGACUCUCAGGGACAGACAGGUGGGGCUGGAGGCGGAGCUUCAUCAGCUGAGGGAGGAGCUAGCCCGUCAGGUGACACUGAGACAGGUGGAGUGUGAGUCUCUCCAGGCGGCUGCAGACAAAGAGAAACAAACCAGAGAAGUCAGAGAGUCUCAGCUUCAGUCGUCCAUCGAGGUUCUGGAGGACGACAGAGCUCAUCUCCAGCGGGUCAUCCAGAACCUUCAGGACCAGCUGGACCAGACCAGGACCCAGUAUAUAGAGACCAGGACUCAGCUGGUCCAGUUCUCCCCAGACCUUCAGGAGCUCCACGAGAACCCGCCCAGAACCAGCAGACACCAGGACCAGGACCAGGACCAGGACCAGGACCAGGAGUCAGACUGGAGGCUGAAGGAGGAGCUGCAGAGACUCAGAGACAAACUGGAGACGAGUCAGAGCAGAAACACCGCGAUUCAGGAGCGUCUGGAGGCGGAGCUUCAUCAGAGCCGCCUCCAGCUCCAGGACGUCCAGGAGGACAGAGACAGUGUCCUGCAGCAGCUCAGGGUCCAGAGGGACACUUACCAGAGACGCCUCGGACGCCUCAACAGGAAACUGGGGCGGCUCAGCAGGUCCACCUGUGACGAGGAUCAGCUGAGAUCCACCACGGAUCAGCUGAGAGCCCUGAACCAGACCGUGGACCUGCUGCUCUCACAGGACCAACACAGGGUGGAGGAGCUGGACCAGACCAGGGGGGACCUGGACCGGACCAAGGAGGAGCUGGACCGGACCAGGGAGGAGCUGGACCGGACCAGGGAGGACCUGGUCUCUGCAGGGUCCCACAGAGACAAGUCCCACAGAGACGAGUCUGAGACGCUGCAGCAGCAGGAGGCUGAGGUCCAGGAGGUGAAGGAGGAGCUGCACAGAAUGAAGGAGGAGAGGAGGAGCCUGGAGGAGCAGUGUAAACACCUGGAGGCCAGACGGAGACACGCCCACAGGUGCCUGGAGGCGGAGCUCACUAGGCUCAGGGAGGAGAAAGACCACGCCCACCUGCUGAAACAGGAAGUGGUCAGAGACACAGCAGCCAAUCAGCAGCAGCUGAACGAUGUUCUGUCUGUUGUGGUUGAACAACUGGAACAGAAGAAGAAACAUCUGGAGGAGAUAGAGCAGGAGCUGAGUGUUUCCAGGCAGCAGCAUCAUCAGAGACUAGAACAUCUGGAGCAGCUGGACAGACAGAUCCAACACAAACAGACGGUGUGUUCUUCAUUGGAGGACGUUAGAGCUGCAGUGCGUCAUGUGGAGGACAGGGGGCGCCGUCUGGACCAGCUCAGUGAGCAGCUGCUCUAUGAGGAGGCGGGGCUAAAACAGCAGAGGGAGGAGCUACAACAGAAGGAGGAGGGGCUACUUCUCAAAGAGGAGGAGUUACAGAAGAAACGAGAGGAGCUCCGUUUGAAAGAGGACAGACUGGAAGAAGAGAAGCUUCAUAAAAAACAGGACUCGAGGACGGUGUUAGAGGACGAGGACGAGUCUUUCUAUCUGUCCACAGCUCAUCUGAGAUCAGCCUUCAGCGCCGAGGAGCAGAGGUGGAGCGUUGAGCUGCAGACAGAGGAACUGAAACAAGAGGAGGAUCGACUGAAGGCUCAUCUUCGCUGCAGUUUGUGGACGCAGCAGGACAAUCUGGACCUGAGACGACAUCUGGACCAUCUGGACCACGUCUCUUAGACUCUGAUCAUCCACCUGGUGACAUCACGCUGAGCUCCGCCUCCAGGUGGUCACCGGUCUGUCGCCAU